AUGAGAUCCUUUCUCAACUUCGCCGCUGUCCUCCUCCUGCUCCCCUUCUCCGAUGCAUUGAAAUUCGAUCUUGUGGCCCAGGCGGGUCACAGCAGUAAGAAUGAGCGCUGCGUGCGGAACUUUGUCAACAGAGAUACCCUCGUCGUCAUAACUGCCAUCGUUAGCGGCCAUCGGGGCGAUGGACAGAUGGUCAAUAUGCAUAUCAAAGACACAGUUGGCAACGAUUUCGGCCGACCCAAGGACGUUGCAGGCGAGCAGAGGACGGCAUUUACAACCCUAGCUGAUUCCCCUAUCGAUGUCUGCUUCGAGAACACCUUGACCGGAAGAUCAAACACUCCCAACCCAACUCGGCAUGUCGAACUAGACAUCGACAUUGGUGCCGACGCACGAGAUUGGUCCAGCAUCCAGGCCUCUGAGAAAUUGAAGCCUGUAGAGACCGAACUGCGGCGGAUAGAAGAGACGGUCAAUGAGAUCGUUCAAGAGUUGGAGUAUUUGAGAACGCGCGAACAGAAGCUACGUGAUACGAAUGAGAGUACGAAUGAACGAGUCAAAUGGUUUGCAUUUGGAACAAUGGGUCGAAGCAUCUGA